GUCAUUUCUGUUGGUGUCAACAUGGCGAAGCUAACCGUAUUCUGUUUAUUCGCUUUUAUCUUAUGUGUAGACUUCGUAUUUUCUUCUAAUAAUGAGUCUCCAGAUUACUUCAAGUAUUCAUUUCCUGGAGCAUCCUUAUUAUCUUCCCAAGUAUCCCUGAACAUCCGUAAACAGCGUGAUGUUGCCUCCAGCAACAAUGCAGCUGCUGAUUCAAGCACAGAUCCAACUUUGGAUAAGGAGACAACUAUUUUUCCUAAAAAGGAAGUUGUAGAUAAGUUUCCUGAUACCAAGCUGCCAUAUUCUGAAGUCACCAAGCCAUCCAAGUAUGACAAAUAUGGGAAGGGUGAGAAGAAACCUCUUGGUAAACCUGGUGAAAAACCUCCCAUCAAACCUGAUGAUGACCAGUCAGCUAACUUGACUGCAGAUGCUUCAGUUGUUCCUAGUCCAACUGUUGGAUCAGUGACAUCUGCUGUGGCCAGCACUCCUGUUUCUGCUCAAACGUCUGCAGCUGCCGCUGUUGUCAGUGGGGCCUCCUCAAGUGCCCCGGCGCUGAAUCUCACCGAUGAUUUGGCUAAAGAUGAUGACACUCCGUUACUCAUGGACGGCUAUGUCACCAACAACACUGCAGCCCCUGACCAUCACAGAUACUACAACUCAUUCGCCUUCUCUGGCCAGGAAGUGAAGGAUCACCUCUGGGUCAACUUGGAGAAACUGGAGAAUGCGUCUGAGAGCGACCUGCUCUCCAGUGCUCAUCGACAAGCCUUUACAUUGAUGCUGCCGUUCUCAUUCCCCUUCUACGGCCACGUUCUGAACAACAUCACAAUAGCGACGGGAGGAUUCUUGUACACGGGGGACUUGGUGCAUACGUGGCUCGCCGCCACGCAGUACAUCGCUCCCCUCAUGGCUAACUUUGAUACCUCCGCGUCUGAUGACAGCAAAGUCAAAUACGUUAAGAACGAGACGGCGCUGACGGUGCAGUGGGAGAACGUGAAGCUCAAAGAGAGACUGGAUGGAGGUUCCUUCACUUUCCAGGUUACAAUCCAUGCAAGCGGCGACAUUGUUUUUUCGUACAAGGACGUUCCGAUUCCUGUGGACCAAAUUGCCGACGACCAACAUCCCGUCAAAGUCGGCCUCUCGGACGCAUACAUCGUGCACAAGACCAUCUUCUAUGUGCGCCGCAAAACUAUCUACGAGUACCACAAAAUAGACAUGAAGAAGCCUGAAAAAAUUUCAAACUGGACUGCAAUUGUGUUCAAGGCUUUGCCAACCUGUGUCUCCUUCCACGAUUGCUACUCCUGCGUAACUCAAAACUCAACAUUUCAGUGCCGGUGGUGCGAGAAGGUGGGCCGUUGCAGCGACGGCAUGGACAGGCACCGGCAAGACUGGCUGCUCAGCCGCUGCGAUUUCUUCAACUCAGAGCACCCCGAGCUGUGCUCCCCUCAGCGCGCUGUGGUCAGCCCAUCUGAGGUGCAAGCUGCCCCUCCCAGCACACAAGCAAUCACCACAACUCCCGAUGAAGACGUGAAAGCGACGGCCGCGUCUACAGCAGACAAGCUCGAGGCCAAGAUGGUGACAGAUGGAGGUGAAGAAGAGCAGCCCGGCAGCGGGGUGGGCACAGGCGUGACGGUGGCCAUCCUGGUGUGCCUGCUAGUGUGCAUCGUGGGCUGGCUAGUGUACGCCUACUUCUACCCGCACACUGCGUCUGGACAGCUGCUAAUUAAGGUGAACUAA